AAAAGGGUACUCUAACCCCAUUAUACAUCAUCUUGAGGCCUAACAAAACACUCCAAAAAAAUAAAAUUACAUUAACUCUUAGCUCAUAUUUCUUGUUCAUCUCUAAGGUUUUUUCAGCCAUGGGAUCCACAGCAAAUAUCCAGUUACCAACACAAUCCGAAGACGAAGAGCGUAAUUGCACGUACGCCAUGCAACUACUCUCAUCGUCAGUGCUUCCCUUCGUGUUGCACUCAGCGAUUCAGUUGGAUGUUUUUGAGAUACUCGCAAAAGAUAAAGCCACUAAACUAUCUGCUUUAGAAAUUGUGUCUCACAUGCCUAACUGUAAGAACUCUGAUGCCGCUACCAUGCUAGACCGGAUGCUUUAUGUCCUAGCUAGUUAUUCUUUACUCAAUUGCUCUGUUGUUGAGGAGGGAAAUGGGGUGACGGAAAGGCGCUAUGGUCUGUCAGAAGUGGGGAAAUUUUUUGUACGUGAUGAAGAUGGUGCAUCCAUGGGACCAUUGUUGGCUUUGCUUCAAGAUAAAGUAUUCAUUAACAGCUGGUUUGAACUAAAAGAUGCAGUACUUGAAGGUGGAGUUCCAUUUGACAGGGUGCAUGGUGUACAUGCAUUUGAAUAUCCAAAAUUGGACCCAAAGUUCAAUGAUGUUUUCAACAAGGCAAUGAUCAACCACACAACUGUUGUCAUGAAAAAAAUACUUGAAAAUUACAAAGGUUUUGAGAAUCUCAAAACUUUGGUUGAUGUUGGAGGUGGUCUCGGAGUUAAUCUCAAGAUGAUUACAUCUAAAUAUCCCACAAUUAAGGGCACUAAUUUUGAUUUGCCUCAUGUUGUUCAACAUGCACCUUCCUAUACUGGGGUGGAUCAUGUUGGGGGGGAUAUGUUUGAAAGUGUUCCACAAGGAGAUGCUAUUUUUAUGAAGUGGAUCCUUCAUGACUGGAGUGAUGGUCACUGCCUCAAAUUGCUGAAGAACUGCCAUAAGGCUCUACCGGACAACGGAAAGGUGAUUGUUGUGGAGGCCAAUCUGCCAGUGAAACCUGAUACUGAUACCACAGUUGUUGGAGUUUCACAAUGUGAUUUGAUCAUGAUGGCUCAGAAUCCGGGAGGCAAAGAGCGUUCUGAACAGGAGUUUCGGGCAUUGGCAAGUGAAGCUGGAUUCAAAGGCGUUAACCUAAUAUGUUGUGUCUGUAAUUUUUGGGUCAUGGAAUUUUACAAGUAGAUUUCCACAACCUACUUGGCUCUUAUGAUUAUGUAUUUUUAUGGCACUCUGGGACUGGAAUUUGUAACUUAGCCCAGCUUGAAUGUUUGACAUUGAUUCCUAAUAAUAUUUAUAUUACUACUUGUUUGUUUCUGUAGUUUGAGAGGAUAUCAUUGUAACGUUUGUCCAAAUUUCAUUGAUAUCCUAGUAUUCCUAAUAAGUAAUAUUUAUAUAUUCCUCA